AUGAGUAUCGGACAAUAUGGCCACACAGCAUCUAUAUUAGUAAAUGGAUUAGUAUUAGUUGCUGGUGGAGACGACAGUGGUAAUGAUCAUCCCAAGAGUGCUGAAUUGUAUAAUCCAUCAACAGGCACUUGGGCAAUUACAGGAAGCAUGAAUGUCAUACGAAGAGAUUAUACAGCAUCGACAUUAGCGAAUGGAUCCGUCUUAGUUGCUGGUGGAUCCAACGGUGUUCGUCAUAAUAGUGCUGAAUUGUACAAUCCAUCAACAGGCACGUGGACAACCACAGUGAACAUGAGUACCCCACGAUCUCUUCACACAGCAUCCACAUUAGCAAAUGGAUUAGUAUUAGUCGCUGGUGGAUCUGACGGCCUUGUUGUUCUUAAUAGUACUGAAUUGUACAAUCCAUCAACAGACACUUGUACAACUACAGGAAGCAUGAAUGUCGUACGAGGAGUUCACACUGCAUCCAUAUUAGCAAAUGGAUUAGUAUUAGUUACUGGUGGAGCGGCCGUUGUUGGUGAUUAUUUCAAUAGUGCUGAAUUGUAUAAUCCAUCAACAGAUACUUGGACAACUACAGGAAGCAUAAAUGUCGCCCGAGGAUAUCACACAGCAUCCACAUUACCAAAUGGAUUAGUAUUAGUUGUUGGUGGAGAGGGUAGAAAUGGUACUGCACUCAAUAGUGCUGAAUUGUACAAUCCAUCAACUGGCACGUGGACAACUACAGGAAGCAUGAAUAUCGCACGAUAUUAUCACACAGCGUCCACAUUAGCAAAUGGAAAAGUAUUAGUUACUGGUGGAUUCGUAAGAGGUGUCGGUUAUUUUAACAGUGCUGAAUUGUACAAUCCAGCAACAGGCACUUGGACAAUAACAGCAAAUAUGAGUACCUUCCGAGGAUAUCACACAGCAUCCACAUUAGCAAAUGGAAAAGUAUUAGUUACGGGUGGACAGACUGGCGGUGGUUAUCUCAAUAGUGCUGAGCUUUAUUAA